AUGGCCCAAAUCGCACAAAAUGGACGCCACCGCCACCGCGGCUGCGAGGCGCCUCCUCCUCCCGCUCCGCGCCCUGCCGCCGGCGCCGCCGCGGGGCGCGGCGGUCUCCGCGCCGCGCGCCCGGCGGUGACACGGUCCGAGGAGGAGAGUCCAUGCCUCCCCAGCGCGCGCGUCCCUGGACAGCGCCGCGGUCCUGCUCGAUGCCGCGGCCGCGGUGGCCGUCGGCGGGACAGGGUACUCGCAGGCGAGCUACUACACGUCGCUGGGGCUGUUCGUUCUCUCCGUGCUGGGGCUGUGGUCCCUCAUCAAGCGCUCCGUCAAGUCCAAGAUGGCGCUUUGUUGCAACCCUGCUGCACCUGGGAUUAUGGUAGCUUCUGUUGCUACCAAACUGACAUGCUAAAGAAUGACAAUGAGAAUGACAAGAGAGGGGCGUCGCUAUAUGGAAUGUUAUUGGUUAAUAGUGUGGUAUGGAGGAUGUCUCAGUAAAGUGAAAAGCCUCAGUAAUGUUUAGGGGUAGCUACAUCUCUUUUUGUUAGCUUGAUGAAUAUUCAAGAUGUUGAAAUGGCUAUGUUCAUUGUCAUUUUGGACAUGUGACUUAGAUGUAGCGUGAUAUAUAUUGCUACCUGGAUGUAUGAGUUUGACAAUAUAAUUUUUCCAACCUGGGAUUUUGUCAAGAUUG